CGCGAGUUCGCUUCUCAAACAUUACUUAGAGAAGCCAUCAAGAUGCCUCGUCUCCUUUGGCUCGGAUCUGUCCUCUCAUUAGCUUCAAUUAGCCUUGCAGCAACACCAAUUCCCAACAUCAUCUCCUUUGGCGUCGAUGGUGCCCUAGACUCUUGUACAACGGAUACUACCGACUAUAACUCCGGUGGUUUCAUAUCCGUCAACGGCUUCAAUAUUAAAGUCCCUAAGAAUCUGAUUGCACAAUUCCCAGCGACAUGGGUACCUUUUCCCAAGAUGUGCGCUGGCGGCGUUGCUGGUAAAGGCAUGGAAGUUUCCGUGUCUGGUAACAUAGUGAAUGGUCAGGCUAUCGCAGCCCAAAUUCAGCUAGCCCAAUUCCUCCUUGAGUCUGGCCAGGGAUAUAUUGAAACGGUUGACACGACCGAUGGAUCCUUGAAGAUUCGAGGAGGACCGGUUGUGAGGAUCAACGAUCCCAAUGGUGUUUUCACAAAAGGCACCACCGGCAACGAGCUCUUCACGGCCGAUGAUGCGAACCCAAGUAUUACGGCCUUCUCUGGGUUUCCUAUGUGUAUUCCCCGAGGCACAUCCGAUCCUAGCUGCCCAGCAUCCAAUCGCCCUGCAGGGCAAACCAACUUUCCGGCUCCAGAUCCCCUUACUAUGGCACCUUUCCUCGCUGGUGAUUACAUUGAAUACGCCGGCAUAAAGAAUGGUGCAGAGAUUUGGGCGUAUGCCAUCACAGCCAUCAAUGUGCAAAUCACCACAACUGCUUCCGAUACGGUUCCGAACUACAUUCGCAUGGAGGAUGCCAUCAUUGGCGUCUUCGACCCCGAUGGCAAUGUGGAGUUGGCCGACCGAAGGUUUAUUGGCUACCUUUCGAGCUGCACUGGUGCGUCCGUCACUAUCAGCGCCCUCGAUGUUGACCCAUGUACCGGGGAAGAAACGCUGCGUGACAUCGGGUCUGCAACACCCAGGGCUGGUGAUGUUCGCUGCAAAUGGGAAUUCCGCACUAAUACCAACGCUGCGGACACAUACACUCGUGAAUACAUAAUUAAAGCCAACAAUCCAGUCAUCACCACAAAAAACGACAUCAAAGCAGGGCAAUAUGUGCAACCCGUUACCGAGUGGAUCCAACCCGAAGUCGCCGUUCCAGGCGCUGAGCCCCCACCAUUUGCUUUUGCAGGUAUUCGUGGGCUUGUUCAAGGCGAUUUCCUAGACGGGAAGCAAUACGGCCCCUUGGAUCCCUUCCCCGGCCCUGCGCCUCCAGCACCAGCAAAGACUUGCACCCCUGGAGGCACUCCUCCAAACCCAAAUGCCAGUCCAGUUGCUUCUGCCCCAGCGAUCUCAGCCGUUAGGGUUGGCGCUCAAGUCCUCCUCAAAGUUUCAAAUACCGCAACUGGUAUCCAGAACUCGGACUUGACCUUUGAUUGGACCAAGACCCUUCCGGCAGACCCGACAGUAUCUAUUCAGAACGCCGCUUCCCCGACUGCUACUUUCACCGCACCAGGUGUCACCGCAAAGACUGACUUUACGUUUGAGGUUACUCUUACGUUGAAAUCUGACACCACAAAGAAGAGCAAGGCUACAGUCACUGUCAGUGUCGAUCCGAACGGCGCCGAUGUCGUCACUGUAGAUGUCUAUACUUGGGAAAGCAGACAGUCAGGUUCUAUUGUCGUGAACUGCCACUCUAAUGUCGUCAACGGGGACGUCAAGCGCAUGAACCUAAUCAUGGCCGGUGGUUCAACUGUCCAGAUGACAAGCUCCGGCAGCGGCAAAUUUACCUACAGUUCGAACAAAGUCAAGAAGCCGACAAGCGUACAGUGUCAAUCCUUCUACGACACUGGUGCCACCAAACCCGGAAGCAAGAGCGAUGUUGUUACGAAUACAACUGCUCGGAGGCGGAGACGCGGUGAGCUGGGUCUGGAGAUGACGAGUCGAGCGGAGUGGGUAUAGAUGGAUGUGUACGUUUUUGUGCUUUUCAUUUCUUUUAGAGAUGCAGUUCACGAUUUCUUACG